AGUCGUGUCGAGAGCAGCCGCGCGGGAGGACGUGGGAGUGUGGAUUCGCUGCUUUGAUGCCACUGAGUGCCAGGGGGUGGGUAGUGGUGAGGCAAGGUGAACAUGUCAACUCGAAGGCUUAUCAUGGCCUGACCUGUGUUCUGGGUAGCAUUGCCGUGACCUAGCAUGACCUGACUGCUACCCACCACCAAGCCAUCAACGCCAUGUGCGAGGUCAACUCCUGCUGCUGUGUCUCUCUUCGCCAAGGGUGCAUCAUCAUCGGAGGCAUCACGAUUCUGGUAAGCCUUGUCCAGACGCUGAUCUUCUCCUGGGUGUUGGUGGAAACCUAUCAAUCCUACCAAACGUCCCUCAACUACCAAUCCUCGGUCGAGAUCAACUCCUCCAUGGACGACUCGUCCUCCUCCACCUACACCUUCGACUCCCCGCGAUGCCCCUUCGGCUUCUUGGCCAUAUCGGGGCGGUACAGUAACGAUUCCUACGAAGAGGUAUAUCAGGAUGACGCCCAAGAGGAGGAGGAGGAGGAGGAGAAGACAGAGGAAGAAGUGGUCGAGUCAAGCGGCACUCCCUCCUCCUCCUCCUCCUCGCCGGAGACCUCCUCCUCCCCCACGAGGAGCAGCUCAAGAAUCUCCGCUCAGCAAGCAUCCCCGUUAGCUUUAGAACUCGAGCUCGAGGAAGGGCAUGGAGGAGAAGGAGGAGGAGUAGUAGUCGCCUCCUCCACGGCAGCCUCCGUUCCCCCGGAAACGCCGAGGGCCUCUCCGCAGGGCGUGGACGACGACGCCGUGGGCAAGAGGGUCCAAUCACCGUCGCACUCAUCUUCUUCUUCCGUCGUGCCGUUGCUGGCUCUGCCUUCAUCCUCCACAUCUCCGUCGCCGAGCGCUAACGGUACUUCUGCGUUACUUGCGGCCUCGUCCUCGGCGUCUAUCGCCGCCGUGGCUGACUCUUUCGAGCCUCCCUCCGUCAGUAGCUCGAGCGCGCCAGCGAGCAACAGAACGCGGGGACCGCGCGUCAGAUGCGCUGCCCAAGGUCAAGGACUGUUAUGGGCACUUGUAGUGGCAUCUGCCCUUUAUACACUCGUAGGCAUUCUUCUAAUCUUCGCCAUUUUAUAUUGCGUGUCCUGGCAGCUGUCCAUCUGGUUUUUCUACACCGUCGGGUACAACCUCUUCACCUUGAUCGUCGCUCUGAUGGACGGGAGCUACACGAACCCUCCUGACAUCUCCAGCUACGUCGUCUGCGUUAUCAUGACGUACUGCGUCUCCAUCGUUGAUUCUUACUACGAGAAGCAACUCCUCCACGACGAGAGGACGGACAAGAGCGGCCCAGGGCGCCGCAGAUCCAGCCUAGUCAUAGUGAGAUCCUCGCCGGACACCCCGACAUCCAUCCAGCAGGAUUACAUCCCGCCCACGUCCUACAGGGUGCCGGCAGGCCAAUCCUUGGCUCCCCCCCCUCCUGCUCACAGUCUAGCCCCUCCGCCCCCUGCUCACAUGUUAGCUCCGCCCCCUCAAAAACUCGCCCACCAGGUGAAAUUGGCGCCCCCGCCCCUGAAGGCCCACGCACCCCCGCCCGUCUCGCAGGCACCGUUGGAGCCGCGCCGUGGCAGGGAAAACCACCACCACCACCAUUAUAAGUAUCACAACAACCUGUAGGCUGCGUUCCUUACGUCACCACCACACGGAACGCGCUCCCUCACGACGCAACUGUACGCAGCAGCCGCAUUGUGUGUUUGUGUGUUUGUGUGUGUGUAGAGAGAGACUCUCAAGAGACUAAACGGGAGAAGAAAAACGUUUUAUAAAGACUACUAUGGAAACCGAGAAAGAAACGAAGAGAGAGAGAGAGGGAGGGAGAGAUAAUAACAUUAAACAAUGAAUGAAAUAUACAAGACGAUAAUCAAUAGCAUUACAGAGAAAAGUAUCUUCCAGAUCAUCAGUUCAGGUGACUUUUUUUUUAAUGGAAAUGCAAGCCAGAUGUAAUUCACGGCGGAAUCAGUGAUUGUGUGGCAAAAUUCAUCGUGAAAUGAACUAUAAAAGAAAUGUUAUGACCGACGAAACAUUCUGCAAAAAUACGUAUUAAUUAGGAGCGUGACCAACGGCUAUGGUUUAUCGUUAAAGACAGACUUGAAAAUAAGCCACAAUAAAGUGGGCCCUUUUUUUUAUCAUUGCGUUAAAAUAUACAAAUAAAAAUUAUUCACAAGUGUGACAUCACAAAGAUCAUAUACUGUAACAUAUUUAUCGUCUAUAUACUAAAAAAAAAUUUAUUUUUUUCGAAGGUACUUUUAGCAAAGCACGUACAAUAGUUGCAUGCCGUACAGCAAAUAUCGAAAUAUUACAGUUUUCAUGUUUAAUCAUUCAAUUCAUUUCGUAUAUAAAGAGUGCGUAAAGGCUUCGUGAUAUGACUGAUUUUUAAUUGUGCAGGUGAGAACAUGGCAAAGCCAAACGGGAUGGCCUCAACAGAUAGGAAACGCUCAAUAUGGACGGUAACUCGGAGUCCUUAACUUGCCCACGCCUGAUGGCAAGAGAAAAAAAAAUAAAAAAACAA